GGAACUAUUUGGUAGAAAUAAUUAAAUGAAAUGGUUUCCAAAAUUAAAAAGUAAUUGACUGAUUAGCCAUUUGUUUCUCCCUGCUCAACAAAAAAAAAAAACAUUUCUAUCUUGCACUGUUUGUCUCUCACACUCACAUAUUACAACAUUUGACUUCUUUAUCCACCCUUUGCCUCCCACUCACAUUCCAGCUCUCAACCAAGAGACAAGAGAAAGCAGCUUGUCAUAAACACUUUUUCUGGAACAUGAAAGAAAAGCUAAAUGAUUAAACUAACUUGUUUCUUUCUUUAAGGAAUUUACAGGUGUGUGCCAGGUUUUCCUAAACAGGUGCACUGUGACAUAACACAAGUCUUAGGUGGCUAAACCCACCUACCUGUGUUUCUGAACACACAAACAACGCACAGAGUACUGCGAAAUCCAACUGUCUAUACUUGCACUCACUGACUCACAUACUUCGCGCACUCACACACACACACACACACACACACACACACACACACACACACAGACAGAGGCAGGGAAUCUUAUAAACAGCCCGGAUCUCCUCCUGCCGUCACCAGGAGGAGGCGGGGUGCUAGUUGAAGGGGGGAGAAGGUCCACGGAGGAGCGGGGCAUGUUCAAACAUAUCCAGGCAGACCAGCCUACCAACAUCCACGGCGUGCUGUGCUGUCAUUGCGCACAGAUUGGAUUAAUACACAGACUCUAUGAGAGUUUUUUUUUGAAUUGGCUAUUAUUACUAAUGCCACAGCUCGAACCGAUGUGUUUUUCUGAGGUACACUCGACACCGGUAGGCUACAGGAACAUAUGAGAUGUGUAUUUAAUGGAUUUAUCUUGAGACGUGCCGCUCCUGAAGAAUUUCCAAGUUUCGGUUCUGUCUGGGAAAAUUUGGGCUCAGCGUGGCCAUGUCUCUCCCUGUCAAAGUGAUGAGGGACGGACUGCUGGAGAAGCGCAGCAGCGGGCUCCUCCAGCUGUGGAAGAAGAAGCGCUGCGUGCUCACUGAGGAAGGACUGCGCCUGCACAACUGCAAAGGCGGCGGCGGCGGUGGCGGUGAUGCUCCGAGCUCGGCGUGGAGCUCCAAAGCCAAGGAGCUCCGCUUUGAUCGCAUGGCCACGGUGGACUGCGUGGAGUACAAGCGAGGGCUGGUGUACUUCACGGUGGUGAUGGCUACUGGGAAAGAGAUUGACUUUAGGUGUGCGCAGGAAGGCACGGCGUGGAACGCGGAGAUCGCUCUGGCACUGGUGCGCUACAAGAACCUACAGGCCGUGCAAACGGGACGGAACAGGCACCUGUCCACUGCACACCUGGGCAGCACUGGGGAGGAUGAGGAGCUCUGAUCUGCCUUUACUUCUUGGGAGUGAACCAAUCGGAGUGGACAAGGGUACAGGACACCAGAUCCGUCGGCUCGAUUCUGUGGUGCACAGCAUGAUGGGAUGUACGGAACAGCCUUCAACGAAUAUGGAUUAAAGGACUGAGACCAAGUGUCACAGACACACUUCUUGUCUUCCUACACAAGCUUAUUCACGCUGUCAUAUAAAAAGCAUAGGAAUCUGAUAUACUCUAUAAGCAUGGAUGAUUUUUUUUUCUGUGACCUCACUGAUCGAGGUCACUGUGGCGACCGCUGCGAAAGGAAAAGAUGGCGUUAUUUGGACAGAGAGGGAGGAGCUAGGACACUUUACCCGUUGUGCCUUGAUGUUUCAAAGAUAUUUUCUAUUUUGGACAUUAUUUCCUGACAUUUUCUAGUCUUACUGAAACAGGAGUCACUUUGUUUCUUCAGUCUUGCUAUUGAUGGAAACACAUUGCUGUUUGACUGGUUUUGAAAACUUUUGUUAUAGACUGAACAGAUCAGCAUGUUUUUUCUAAAACUGAAGAUGAAGAAUAUCUAUUUUGCUCAUAUUCAUUGCACAUUGUAUUCUAUAUAUUUGCUGAAACCAUGUACAGUAUUAAAUAGAUCAAAUAAAUGUAUGUCAGUAAUCCUAAAGUGCUGACAUAUUUUUCUCUCGA